AUGGCGACCUCUAACGCACCCCUCAAAGAUGACCUCGAUAUCGUCAUACCCACUAUUCGAAACCUUGAUUUCCUUGAAAUGUGGAGGCCAUUCUUUCAGCCAUAUCAUUUGAUCAUUAUUCAAGAUGGUGAUCCAUCGAGAAGCAUCAAAGUUCCUUCUGGCUUCGACUAUGAUAUCUACAAUCGUAACGAUAUUAACAAGCUCUUAGGUUCUAAAGCUUCUUGUAUAUCGUUCAAGGAUUCCGCUUGCAGAUGUUUUGGUUAUAUGGUUUCCAAAAAGAAGUACAUUUUCACCAUUGAUGAUGAUUGUUUUGUUGCUAAAGAUCCAACUGGGAAAGAUAUAGAUGCACUUCAACAGCAUAUUAGGAACCUCCUUCAUCCAUCAACACCUUAUUUUUUCAACACCCUUUAUGACCCAUUUUCUGAUGGGGCUGAUUUUGUCCGUGGAUAUCCUUUUAGUCUCCGUGAGGGUAUUCCUACCGCAGUGUCUCAUGGUUUGUGGCUUAAUAUUCCUGAUUAUGAUGCUCCAACUCAGCUUGUCAAGCCUCGUGAGAGAAACAAUCGGUAUGUGGAUGCAGUUAUGACAAUUCCAAAGGGAACUUUGUUUCCUAUGUGUGGAAUGAAUUUGGCAUUUGAUAGAGACCUCAUUGGCCCGGCAAUGUACUUUGGGCUCAUGGGUGAUGGUCAGCCUAUCGGUCGCUAUGAUGACAUGUGGGCUGGUUGGUGUGUUAAGGUGAUAUGUGAUCAUUUGGGGCUUGGGAUCAAGACAGGGUUGCCAUACAUAUGGCACAGCAAAGCCAGUAACCCAUUUGUGAACUUGAAGAAAGAGUACAAAGGGAUCUUUUGGCAAGAAGAGAUUAUACCAUUCUUCCAAGCCGCUAGUCUGCCAAAAGAUUGCACCACGGUUCAGACGUGCUACAUUGAAUUGGCAAAGCAGGUUAAGGAUAAGCUGGGGAAAUUAGACCCUUACUUCGUGAAGCUUGGAGACGCCAUGGUUACAUGGAUUGAAGCUUGGGAAGAGCUCAAUCCGAAAGAAUCCAAGAAGGCUAGUGGCAAGUGAAAGUGAGUGUGCGCUUAGGCUCUUUUUCUGUUAAUAUUUCAGUAGUUGUGAAUGUGAGAAUUCAAGAUUCUUUCUCCACCAAGUAUAAGUCAGUUUUACAGGUUUUAUUACGAGUUACUGUUUUCAUUUGGUAUUACAUAGUGAUAAUAAAUAGUACUCUC